GCUGCUAAGUGGCUCGCCGGAGGGCUCUCUCCCAGGAAGCGGUGGGACCUGCUCUUGAACCUGGGUCCUGGCCGGACUCCAGAUCCAGUGUACCCUGGGCGGACCUAAACCCUUGCUCGAUCGCAGAGUCCUCAGGCCCAGAGGUGCCGUGACGGGUCACUAGAUGGCCGAUCCCGCUCCCACCCUUUCGCCUCCGCGGUGUAGUCUGACUGGUCUCGCUUUCUGUCCUCCUGCUCAGGUCUGGUCUGGGGUCUGGGCGAGGCUGUAAGGGAAAAAAAGUUUCACCACCUUCCACUAAAGGUCAGAAGUUAGGGGAUGGAAAAGACAUUAAUACAAAAUCAAAGCAUGUCAGAAGCAAAGGAAGGUGCAUUUAACGUAGUGAGAUUCUGUAAGCCUGGUGUCCGCACAACAGGAGUUCUGAAAGUGGAGGCCCCAAACCAGCACCUGGGAACUUGUUAGAAAUGCCCAUCCUUGGGACCCACUUCAGACCUACAGAAUCAGAAACUCUUGCAGGUAAGGUCCUGCAAUCUCUUUUAACAAGUCUGCUAGGUGACUGGUGUCGGCCAUGGAUUCUCAAACUUCACUGUGCCUAAGAUUCACCGAAGGAUCCUGUUGAGAUGCAGGUUCUGCUUCAGCAGCUUGGAGGUGAAGCAACAGAGCCUGUUGCUGUUCUACAGCCUAGUGACGCUAACACCACCAUUCUCUGCCAGUCCACCCACCAGAGAUGAGGAGCAGCCAGCUGGUGCAGAAGGAUGGCGCUGAGCCACUCUGUGAAAGAGCGCACCAUCUCCGAGAACAGCCUGAUCAUCCUGCUCCAGGGCCUCCAGGGUCAGGUCACCACCGUGGACCUCCGGGAUGAGAGUGUGGCCCGCGGACGCAUAGACAACGUCGAUGCCUUCAUGAACAUCCGCCUGGCCAACGUCACCUACACGGACCGUUGGGGGCACCAGGUAGAGCUGGAUGACCUCUUUGUGACAGGCCGCAACGUCCGCUACGUCCACAUCCCGGAUGACGUGAACAUCACUGCCACCAUCGAGCAGCAGCUGCAGCUCAUCCACCGGGUGCGCCACUUUGGUGGCCAGGGCCGGCAGGAAUUUUCUGCCAAAAAACACAAGUGAGGCUGUGUCAGCCUCGCUCGGUCCCACCAGAGUUCUGCUGAGCCAGCUCCCUGUCCUGAGCCUGAGCCGCCGGGAGCAGGGCCCAUCCCAGAGACGGGGGUCACACAGAGUGCCCCCUACCACAGCUACCCUCCACCAAGCUCUACCUCGUAGGCUCACCCUGGGCUGGAAUCAUACUUCUCUCUCUUGUGGCCUUAGGGUAGGUGACAGUCCCCUCUUUGGAUCACUUACAGCUUCAUUCCUGAUUGGCCGGCUUAAGGCAUUUUGCCGAAUCGUUUUUUGUAUCAACCUUCUGCCGGUGAGGAUUAUUAAAUGAAUAAUAACCCA